AUCCGGCCCUUAUUCAAAUUCCAUACAGUAGCCAAUCAGAGUUCAGAGCGACGCCAUAUACAUCUGUACAACACCAACUCGCUCAAGCGGAGAAUCGGUGAACUACUUUUUCAUUUUGAAAUUUUUUCGCAAACGAGCCGGUUGGUUACCGUUGGAUUCCUUCCUCGUCGACCUAUGGUUGUAUAUUCACGUGCUGUUCGUAAGGAUGUUAGCGCCAUAUCGCAGUCAGUGAAUUAGAGAAAUAAAGUGAUUUACUGCUGUUUGAAGUCUGUAGCGUGCAUUUUGGCUUCGAGAAGAUGAUGGGUGCGUAACAAAUAGGGGAAUUUUUUUAAUCUUCAUGUUCAGAUGCAGAUCCCUUGUUUGGACCAAGCGAGGUGACACCCACUGCAGCAAUGGGUGUAAUUGAUCUUGUACACAGGCAAGCUUUCAACUGAAAAUGGUUCUAGUGCUGUUGAACAUGGCUGCUACAGCAAGUGCAGCAGAUGCUUAUUCAGCUUGGUGAAAGGUAAAUAUUUGCUAUAAUCUUUAAGAAUCUCAAAUAUUACUUUGUUGCAUUUCUUGAGAUGGGAAGAAUUUCAAGUUUGUCUCAUUUUUCAAAUGCUUUUUCACCCAUGUGAGAUGUCCCCAUCAAGUUUUUAUGGACGUUUCUCAUGGUAUGUUCCUUUCAAUAUACAGUUAUUAGUGCCAAUUGAGGGCAAAUUAUAGU